UCCCGACGACAACGACCCGACUUUCACGUGCCUCGAAAACGACUGCGGAGCCGGCCACUCACGUCAACACCAACAACCUCACCUCACCCACGCCGGCGGUACAUCAUCAAACCGCAACGCACCCACCGAGGCCGCUUCCCAAUCUUCCGGCCACCGGCCCCACGACGAUUCCCGGGUCCCCUCAGCGGGUCUCCGGCAGCCGUCCUCCGUGCUCGGCUAUUCCGCAGCCGUCAUCUCCAUCGGCCCCCAGCCGCCCCAGCAGUCGGGGUAUUGGAUAUUCUUGAUUUCCCGUGUCUAGACCAGUCCCGGCCGGGUUGGAUUUACGUGCUGGAAUCGUAAACAUUGCAAACGCCAUUGCCUGGCAUGCCCCGAUAAUCCGAGUAUAAGCCCGCGGCGACAACCCAAGCUAGUGUGUAAUCCGCUGAAUCAGCCGCAACACUUCUACAUACGUCAUCUUGCCUGUCAUGGCUCAACGACAACUUCAUACAGCCUCGCGCCAUCCCUCACUCCAGCUCUCGUCACAUCAUCUGCCACCUGCUGGUCCUACCUCUGCCGACAUGCAGCCGCCUCCGCCGCUACACCACCAGGAGCCGCCGACACCCGACCAGCCCCAGCCGGUGUUUGGUUACUUGCCCCAGCAUACAGCACAGCCGCCUGCACCCCUCGCCACUCUUCUUACGGAUGAUCAGUCCAGAUAUCUGGACAGCUUUUUCCAAAACCUAAAUGAUGCGUCUGCAGCAGAUGACCCUUUCCUAAUAUCACCAAACUUUGAGGAAGAAGGUCUAUCUUUUACUUCGGAAUGGAAUACGCGGCCGGGAAACCUUGUUGGUUCAAAUACUUCGUUCGCCCCUUUUGCCCGCACCAGCUUCAACACUGCCUUCAGUGACUUGUCAAGUGUACAUAGCUUCGGGGGUCCAUCAUUCAACCACCAGCUCCAAGCGCCGCUACGAUCAACGGAUGGUAUCCAUGAUCUCCUAAAUGCAGCUGCCGCUCUCCCUCGCGAGGCAGGCGGUCAUGGCGGGAACACUUUCGAGCAAAGUUACGGGGGCAGAAGGACUACCGGUGGGCAACAUGGAAUCCAACAAACAGACAAUAGCUUUGGCGGCGCGGCCAUCGCGCUGGCCAUGCGUCCUUACGCGCCCGUCAACGAGCCUCCCAACAACUUCUAUCGCGACAUGAUCUUCCAACAGCCGGGGCAGUCGCGCCAAAACAGCUAUCAGCAUGAGCAGCCGGUAAGCAUCCAAUUCGGCACCGACACCAGCUUCUCACAGUCGACCUUCACACCCCAGAGGACCCAGGAGAGCUCAGAGGUGAUGAGCCAAGCCCAACUGAAGGUAUUGGAUUGUCUGGUGCCCAGCCAAAGCGCCGCCACCACGCGUGCCUCCAGUCCUGUAGCACAGGCGCAAGGGAACGAGCACCACGGAUCAUCCACACCGCCCAGGCUACGAACACAUCAUCGACCUUCCUUACCUCAGGCACUUGCCUCCAUACAAGAGGAAGGGGGUCCGCCCAAGAAGAGAAGGGCAACGGUCGAUAACACCAAAAAUAACGAUGCCGAGAUGGCAUCACCGGGUUCGCUGGUAACCUUCUCCAACACCCCUUACAGCCCCUUUUCCCAAUCCGGAUUUGCCCCUUCAUCUCCCAUGACGUCGCAAGGCGGCAGAAGGUCAGCAGGUUCAGGAGUUGGCGGAGCAAGGGGGAAGAAACUUUCCCGUCAAGGACUUCCAACCCCCGAUGAAGCCACAGACUCCCAAGCCCAGGGAGGUGACCCACAAUCACCAAACGAAGACGAAGACAAGCCCACUCGACCGGGGAAGAGGCGUCGCUCCUAUAAAGAAAAGAAGCCCAACCUGACCCUAGAACAAAAGCGGCUGAACCACAUCGACAGCGAGAAGAGGCGACGGUACAUGAUCAAGUCGGCUUAUGAUAACCUGUCGAUCAUUGUCCCCGGGUAUAAGGAGGCUGGUGUUAGCAAAGCUGGGGGGAUACAGUUAGCCGUGGACUUUUUGAAGAAGAUGAUGGAGGAGAAUGAGGGGUUGAAGGAGAGACUUGAACAGGUAAGGGAAAAGGCUGGGGUUCAAAGGAAAGAUGUGGAAAUGACUGAGGGGGGAGGGAAUCAAGAAGGACGGGAGGAAGGUAGCGGUGCCGAGGAACAAUGAUAACAAACGGUGGCCAAAGCCGAGGGUGUUGAUCUUGGAUAUGUUGGUACAUUUACUUGUGUACUUUGCCAGCCAUGCCUUUGUUUACUAACCAUGUAUACCGUACCAAUAAUAGGAGUACCGGUAGCUGGUGAUGAUGCCACUGCACUUGGUGCUUAGGCUUAGAUGAACGGCUGCA